CACUGAGGCUUAAUCUUAGGCUUUCGCUAUGAAUAUUUACUGAAUAUUUCGUUCUCACCUAACUCUCACUUCAAAAAAUAAUAUGAAUAAUAAGAAUAAUCUAAUGUUAUAAACUCUCUCUUUGUUGUCGAUUUGUUUAAGGGUUAGCCGAAAAUUUAGCCAGGAUUCGAGAUCGGAAAAGCUUUUGUUCCAGUUUCAAUCUUCAUUUGUUGUUAAAUUUGGAUUGUAAACCGAUCUUACUCUGCCGUUUCUUCUGAAUCUAUACUUGUUCUUGAGGGUGAUCGUGUGAUUUCUGUACUAAAAGGAGUAAGAAGUUGAAGAAGAGGAGUAAUGGCGAAGCACGAGGACCUUCCGAUCCCUGUUUUCUCUUCACUCGACCCGGUUUAUGGCGAUGGAUCUCAGCUUGAAGAAGCUAGGCUUCGAUUUGAUCAUCUCAAGGCCAAGUUUCUCCAAGUGUUCGGCCAUCCUCCGGAUGUCUUUGCUCGUUCACCAGGGAGAGUGAACUUGAUUGGAGAGCACAUUGAUUAUGAAGGAUACUCGGUGUUGCCGAUGGCGAUUCGGCAAGAUACGAUCGUGGCAAUACGGAAGCAUGACGCCGGAGAGGGGAAUCAUCUUCUCAAAAUUGCUAAUGUUAAUGAUAAAUACUCGAUAUGUACUUAUCCUGCUGAUCCUGAUCAGGAAGUUGACUUGAAGAAUCACAAAUGGGGACACUAUUUCCUCUGCGGGUACAAAGGCUAUUACGAAUUUGCUAAAUCAAAAGGACAAGAUGUUGGCGUGCCAGUUGGACUUGACGUUCUUGUUGAUGGAACAGUACCUACAGGAUCUGGAUUAUCGAGCUCUGCUGCAUUUGUUUGCUCGUCUACCAUUGCUAUCAUGGCUGCUCUUGGUGCCAACUUUCCCAAGAAAGAGAUAGCCCAACUUACCUGUGAUUGUGAACGACACAUUGGUACACAAUCUGGUGGAAUGGAUCAGGCAAUCUCUGUCAUGGCCAAAUCUGGGUUUGCAGAGCUGAUUGACUUCAACCCUAUUCGUGCUACUGAUGUGCAACUUCCUCCUGGUGGGACUUUUGUUAUAGCCCAUUCUCUAGCUGAAUCACAGAAAGCAGUCACUGCUGCCACAAAUUAUAACAACAGAGUUGUUGAAUGCCGACUUGCUGCUAUUGUUCUAGGCAUUAAGCUUGGGAUGAAACCAGAAGAAGCAACAAAGAACGUGAAGACUUUAUCUGAUGUGGAAGGGCUGUGUCUUUCAUUUGCUAAGGAGCGUAACUCUUCAGAUCCUGUGCUUGCAGUCAAGGAACUGUUGAAGGAGGAACCCUAUACAGCCGAAGAAAUUGAACAAAUCACUGUGGACAAUCUGCCAUCCGUUUUAGACAACUCUCCAACUUCAUUGGACGUUUUAAAAGCUGCCAAGCAUUUCAAGUUGCAUCAGCGAGCGUCCCACGUGUACUCUGAAGCCAGGCGGGUGUAUGCUUUCAAGGAUGCAGUUUCAUCAAGUUUAAGUGAGGAAGACAAGCUUAAGAAACUCGGUGAUCUUAUGAAUGAUAGCCACUACAGCUGUAGCGUUCUUUAUGAAUGCAGCUGUCCUGAGUUGGAGGAACUUGUAAAGAUUUGCCGGGACAACAGCGCUCUCGGAGCCAGGCUAACUGGAGCAGGAUGGGGAGGCUGUGCAGUUGCUCUCGUGAAAGAGGCCAUUGUUCCCCAGUUCAUUCAUAGUCUGAAGGAAAACUUCUACAAAUCAAGGAUCGAACGAGGGGUCAUCGACAAGAAUGACCUCGGACUCUACGUCUUUGCUUCCAAGCCAUCGAGCGGAGCUGCUAUCUUUCAGUUUUAAUAAUCAAAUUCCUUGGGAGGUUUUGUUUGGAGGGUUUCUUCCCUACCCGAACCCCAGGAGGUAAUAAGUAUUAGAUUAAUUUUCCAACUUCUGGUUUUAGAAUUAUGUGGACAUUCCAUACACAAUCAUUUCAGCUCAGAACUGGUUCUCCUAUUCUUUGCCUAUAAAUAAAGGAAUGUGUAACCUGGUAAAAUGAGCCUUAUUGUGGGAAUGAAACGACCAAUAAUUGAAUUUUUAGCUUAAUGUUUCUUUUAUCGUUAUUGAGCUUAUUGCGGAAUGAAACGACCAAUAGUUGAAUUCUUA